AUGGACUUGAACGACUAUCCGAAUAACAAGUUGGUGAUGUACCAGCCAGACUACUACAUGUGGGAACCCUAUAACGAAAUGUGGGGUUCCUACGUCUACUCUGACGAAGAUCUGUUCAGGUCGUAUUUGGUCAAAGACAAGGAAGAACAACCCAAGGAGAAUGUCAGUUCGGAAGAACUGGUCGACUUUGCCAAAAAGUUUAAGCAAAUUCGAAUGCGAAACGGACACACUCAAGCGGACGUGGGGAAUGCGUUGGGGAAUCUCUAUGGGAGUUUUUUGUCGCAGACGACUGUGUGUCGUUUCGAGUCACUCCAACUGUCCACCAAGAACAUGUGCAAGUUGAAGCCCCUCCUGGAGAAGUGGGUGGACGAAAUAACCAGCGACACCAUGGACAACUGCAUUCCCGAAAAGCACAUGCAUGUACAGAAACGAAAAAAGAGGACGCCUAUUGACAAUUCCCUCAAAUAUGCUCUCGAAAAGUAUUUCUUCCAAAACCCCAAACCUGUGUCCAACACUCUACGUCGAAUUGCCAGCAGUCUCAACCUCGACAAGGAUGUCGUCCGCGUGUGGUUUUGUAAUCGACGACAGAAAGCAAAAAGGGACAAACUCGACAACUUAGAGGAGGCACCCAUCAAUCACAAUCCUUUUUUCAACACCAACGAAGAUAUGUUCUUUUUGGGGAUCCACCAAAUUAUUUUAGUACUAAACAAUGAUUUUUAA